UUAUGACUCAAUUCCAACAGCGAGUUGUUCCAGGCCUAGUCUACUAAUGUGUCGCCUCUCCCCCGCAUGGAAUAUGGUUACCGACGCCGGCCAAGAUAUUUAAGCUCCCCACAGGAUUAUCCAAUCCCACUCGCAGCAUCCCAACUUAGACUUGCAUUUAUUUUUCCGUUGGUUUUUGCAGCUAUACACAGACCCCAAUCGAGUUGAUUGGGAUCUCUGCUUUUCAUACAUACGUUUUACAGCAUCGCCAUGAAGCUUUACCCUUCCAUUCCCGAUGACCUCGCCGCCUGGGUGCAGCAGCAACCUGUAUUCUUCACAGGCUCUGCUCCUACUCAUGGCUCUCAUAUCAAUGUCUCUCCCAAAGGCCUUUCAGACUCGCACUUCGCUAUCCUAGGACCCAACCAGUGUGCCUAUAUCGACCGCACUGGUUCCGGAUGUGAGACUAUUGCCCAUUCAUACGAUAAUGGCCGCCUGUGUUUGAUGUUUAUGAGUUUCGGUCCCGCCCCUCGGAUUGCCCGCUUCUUCUGCCGGUCCAGGAUUGUCGAAUGGGAUGACCCAGCUUUCCCAGAUCUGGUCCGUCGUAUCUCCAAGGGAAAGCGUUCUACAUUUCAUGGCGCCAGAGCCAUCAUUCUGGCUGAUGUGUUUGAAGCCCAGACAAGCUGUGGCUUCGGUGUUCCCCGGGUGAAGAGGGGUAUAUAUGCACCUGAUGAGACCUCUGAGAAGAAUUUGUCCCUUGAACAAGUCCUUCGCGAGGGUGUGGAUGGUAAAGUGAAUGAGCUGGCUGUGUUUGAGGAGAGGCCUACCAUGGAUAUGUGGGUGGCAAAGCGAGUUGAAAACAAUACGUUGUUGGAUUAUCAUAAGGAAACCAACGUGCUGAGCAUGGAUGGUUUGCCUGGACUCAGAGCUGCUCGUCGGAGCGUGGGGGAGACGUUAUGGUUUACGGAUGCAAAGGCGCAUGCAAGGAAGGUUUUUGCUCAAAGCGAAGCGAUUGCAGUUGGAUUUGUUCUAGCAUUGUUGUUGUACGUUGUCAUGGUUUCAGUUGGGGCGAUUUCAGCGUCAUGGCCAAGGAUUCAGGCUUGAAUGGAUAUAGGAACGGCGCAAUUUUCGGUUUUGGGAUACCAAAAAGUACAGUGUUGUUUGGCUUUCAAA